CGAAACUUCAUUUGAUCAUUCUAGCACGCGUUCUAUCGCCAAUUAUGCAUAUGUUUGCAUUAAUUUCAAAAACCUUAUUCACCUGGAGAACGUGAAACGGUGGUGGUCCAACGUGAAUGCAUAAGUUCAUGAGUGCAACGGUGCUAGCAAAUUUUUACGUACUCGUUCGCAACUUUUUGUUGCGACUGUUGGCAGCAGUUGUUAAUAUGAAUAUGCCGUGGUGGGAGCGCGGAGAUAAUGGAAACAGUGAUUUGGUGCAUCCUGCGGGUCGGGAUCGCAAUAUCACUCCCAUGGAACACCAUGUCUCGCGCUCGACCAGAGGAAAAAUUAUGGGACAACGAGCAGGAUUCCGCGGCUGCACCAUUUGGUUUACCGGUUAUUCCGGCGCUGGUAAAUCCACCCUGGCGUUCGAACUAGAGGAAUAUCUGUGCCUGAAAGGCAUCCCUGCAUAUGUAUUGGACGGUGAUAAUAUCCGGCACGGAUUGAACAACAAUCUUGGCUUUUCGCCGGCCGACCGCGAAGAGAACAUCCGCCGUGUGGCGGAAGUAGCGCGAUUGUUUGCUGAUAGCGGUGUCGUCUGCAUUACGUCAUUUAUCAGUCCUUAUCUCAAGGACCGUGAAAAUGCUCGGGCCAUCCAUGAAAAAGACGGGUUAGUCUUUAUGGAAAUCUUCGUCGAUGCACCUCUCCAAGUGUGCGAGGGACGAGAUGUCAAAGGGUUGUAUAAGAAAGCCCGUGCCGGUUUGAUUAAAGGUUUCACCGGAAUCGAUCAAGCGUAUGAACCACCGGUCAGCCCCGACCUGGACAUUAAAACCGCGGAAUUCUCGGUGAAGGAUAGUAUCCAACAGUUGGUGACAUCUCUCCAGGCGCGCGGUAUCGUCCCGUCCAACACCGCCGAUUACGUGCGCGAACUCUUCGUUCCUCAGGGUUUCCUCCCCGCCGCCCUGGAAGAAGCCGGACGUCUUCGAUCACUCGCCAUCAAUACUCUGGACCUGCAGUGGGUGCAGGUGCUCAGUGAAGGCUGGGCGUCGCCGCUGCAUGGUUUCAUGCGGGAGAUGGAAUAUCUUCAGUCUCAGCAUUUUGACUGCUUGGCCAAUGGACGUCAGAUUAAUCAGUCGAUCCCCAUUGUCCUUACGGCUACCACCGAAGAUUACGAAAAGCUGAAAAACGAAAAGGCCAUUGUGCUGCGAUAUGAAAGCAAACCAGUGGCGAUCCUACGCAAUCCAGAGUUUUACGAGCAUAGGAAAGAGGAACGCUGUGCCAGGACUUUCGGCACUACGAAUCCGGAACAUCCGUAUAUCAAGAUGAUUAUGGCAAGCGGUGACUGGCUGGUUGGAGGCGAUUUGGAAGUGUUCGAGCGUAUCCGGUGGAAUGAUGGGCUAGACGAAUAUCGACUAACGCCCAACGAACUCCGAAAAAAGUUUGCAGACUUAGGGUCUGACGCGAUCUUCGCUUUCCAACUGCGUAAUCCUAUCCACAACGGGCAUGCCCUGCUAAUGCAGGACACACGGAAAACACUGGAGCAACGCGGACAUAAAAAUCCCACACUUCUCCUGCAUCCCUUAGGUGGAUGGACAAAAGACGAUGAUGUACCACUUGAUGUUCGCAUGCGACAGCAUCAUGCUGUUCUCAAAGAGGGUAUAUUAGAUCCAAAGUCAACAGUGUUGGCUAUCUUUCCUUCGCCAAUGUUAUACGCCGGUCCCACCGAGGUACAGUGGCAUGCUAAGGCACGAAUGGCAGCUGGAGCUAAUUUCUACAUUGUUGGCCGUGAUCCUGCUGGGAUGCCGCAUCCGGUGACAAAGAAAGAUCUGUAUAAUCCAACACACGGAGCAAGGGUCCUAACAAUGGCACCGGGUUUGAGCCAGCUUGAAAUCAUUCCCUUCCGGGAAGCAUCGUACAAUACCAAACUGCAGCGCAUGGAUUUCUUUGAUCCCCUGCGGAAGGACGACUUCCAGACUAUCUCCGGGACAAAGAUGCGCGGAAUGGCGCGCAGUGGUGAGGAGCCUCCGUCAGGCUUCAUGGGGCAGGAGGCGUGGAAAGUAUUGUCGGAAUACUAUCAAUCACUUACAAAAAAAUAAUGCUGAAAAUGACACCCGUUUAGUUCAGUUUUAUUGUAGUCCAUGACAGAGGAUAAACUUAAUAUAUAUUGCGCUGUUGUAGAAUGCUUUCCAUGAGGUGUUCGGGUAUCUCUUGAAAUUUGUUAACGUGCUAUUGCAUUCCGCUGUUGCUGUUUUAUGCGGUACGUUUUAUUUUUUUGAAUAGUUUGAAAACUUUUAUCAUUUUGCUUGUUAAUGGGACCAAGCGCCGGUGAAUUGUCGCUCAACAGCAUGAAUUAAAGCGGUUUUUGUGU